AUGACCAGAGUUGUCAUCACCGGCUUGGGGAUGGUGUCGCCCCUCGGAGUAGGCACCAAGCACUGUUGGACCCGUCUUAUGGCCAAUGAAAGUGGAUUGGUUUCGACUCGAAUAUUUCCAGAUUACGAUGAAUCCUGGAGCAAAAUACCAUCUCAAGUGGUAGGAAAAGUGCCUAGUGGUCUGCUUAAGGACGGAUGCUGGGACCCAGCCGAUCAUCCUCUGGUUUCUGAUGCUCGAAGAGUGGCACUUUUUACUCAGUAUGCAUUGGCAGCUACACAAGAAGCACUCGACGACGCCAAAUGGACAUCCAAUGGAAACGCCGAUAAUGUGGGAGUUGCCAUUGGCAGCGGAAUUGGUUCAUUUCACGAUAUUUAUGAUAACUCAAUUGCAUUUUCCAACGGAGGUUACCGAAAGGUGCAACCGUUGUUCAUUCCAAAAUUACUCACCAAUAUGGCAGCUGGAAAUGUUUCCAUGAAAUUUGGCUUACGAGGUCCUAAUCAUACCGUAUCCACGGCCUGUGCUACGGGACUAAAUGCCAUUGGUGAUGCCUACAAUUUCAUAAGAAACGGUUACGCCGACGCAAUGGUGGCUGGUGCUACAGAAUCUCUGGUCCACCCUCUCGCUCUCGCCGGCUUUGCUCGUGCUCGAUCUGUGGUUACAAACUACAACGAUGAGCCAGAAAAAGCUAGUCGUCCAUUUGAUGGCGCCAGAAAUGGAUUUGUGCUCGGAGAGGGCUGCGGAAUCUUGAUGAUAGAAUCGCUUGAACAUGCUCUUAAUCGUGGAGUAGACCCUUCCUCGAUAUAUGCCGAGAUCUUGGGCUAUGGCCUUGCUGGUGAUGCCCAUCACAUUACUGCUCCGCCUGAGGAUGGAAAUGGUGCCUAUCGAGCCAUGAAAAUGGCACUAAAAAUGGCGGAUACCCAACCAGAAGAAAUAAACUAUGUUAAUGCUCACGCAACUUCCACCGUUAUAGGUGACCGUUCAGAGAUCCGAGCAAUCCAAAAAGCACUUCACGAAACUCCUGGAGUUGCUGUGUCAUCUACCAAGUCGUCCACUGGCCAUCUUCUUGGAGCAGCUGGAGCCGUGGAGCUGAUAUUCACGAUUUUAUCGGUCAAAAAUAAUGCUGUACCUGCUACACUUAACCUAGAUAAUGCGGGACACCAUGCUGAUGACGACGCUCAAGACUUUAGCCUAGAUCUUGUCCCCAACAUAUCGAAAGAAAUGCCCGUCAACAAGGCUUUAUGCAACUCAUUUGGAUUUGGAGGUGUGAAUACGAGUAUCUGCUAUGGUAAAUUUAAAUAA